CAGAUGGCGACCAACGGGAAAUCCGAGUUCCUUAUUGCGACUGUCACCCACGUGGACUAGACAGCUGUAGAGAGCUGCCGGUUCUGUUCUGUGGGCUAGGCGGAAUAUUCUUAUCCGGUCCUAAUGGCUCAGAUUUUGGAGACGAUCCUAACCAGUUUGCUGCAGCCGGAUAAUGCUGUUAUUCAGCAGGCCACAGCUCAGCUGAAAGAAGCUUUUAAAGAUCCACAAAUCAUACCAGCAUUGUUUGAAAUAUUGAGAGGAUCCCAAGAACUACAGAUCCGACAGUUUGCUGCAGUUUUACUGCGGAGGCGUCUCAACAAACAUUGGAAAGCAGUACAACCAGAGCAACAGCACAACUUGAAGAUCAUUGUGUUGGAAUCAAUUCAGAGGGAACCAGAACACAAGGUCCGGUAUGCUCUUGCUCAGCUGAUUGCGGUAAUCCUGAAGAAUGAGAGAUUGGAGCACUGGCCCGAGUUCAUCAAAUUUGUGCUGCAGUUGUCUCAUAGUGAUGUGCCAGACCAAAAACAGGUUGGCAUUUUGGUGCUCUGGUGUUCAUUACAUCUGAAGGCUAGCCUUUUUCAACCCCAUGUUCAUGAUUUACUUGGCCUUUUUAAGCAAACCCUUAGUGAUCUCAAUAAUGGACCUCUUAUUUACUACACAGUACAAUCUCUUACUUGUAUACUGCCCUAUAUAGUUGGAAAUGAAACUAAUUUAUUGAGACCUUUUAUUCCAAAAAUCCUAGCAGCCAUCAGACAGUUGAUCCUGGUUAACCAGGUUCAAGCUUGUGAGGCAAUGGAAUUUUUUGAUGUUUUGAUGGAAGAUGAGGUCCCUGUCAUUGUUCACUACAUAGCAGAUACUGUUCAAUUCUGUCUGGAGAUGGCAGUAAACACAAGUCUUUCUGAUGAACUCAGAGUGAAGGCACUUUCUUGCAUCAUGUGUCUUAUAAAACUUAAGAGCAAGUCCAUAAUCAAGCAGAAGCUGCUGCCGCAGAUUCUCAACUCCCUUUUCCCAAUCAUGUGUGCUGCGCCACCGGCAGGAGAGAUGGAUAAGGAAGACCAAGAAGAAGAAGACGAUGACAUUGAGGACAGUGUUGAGACACCUAAGGAAUAUGCCAUGCAGGUGAUCGAUAUGUUGGCUCUACAUUUGCCCCCUGAGAAACUAUUUAAAGAACUGUCACCUCUCAUGGAGCCUUGUCUUCUAAGUUCAAACCCAUAUCCUCGGAAGGCUGGCCUUAUGUGUCUGGCAGUUCUAAGUGAAGGUUGUUCAGAUUUCAUUUGUGACAAACACCUUCAGCCAAUGUUAAGUUUAGUAUGCCAGUCCCUUUCAGAUGACAAUCAGGUGGUCAGAAACGCUGCUCUUUACGCUUUGGGACAAUUUUCGGAACAUUUGCAACCGGAUAUCACCAAUUAUUCAGAUACGGUAUUGCCACUUCUUCUGGAGUAUUUCAGCCGUGUGGAUCCAUCCAAUACUGCUCAUCUUACUAAAGUCUUUUAUGCCCUUGGGAACUUUGUGGAAAACCUAGACGGUAAGAUUGAGGCGUAUCUCCCAACCCUUAUGGAGAGAAUAUUGACAUUUUUGCGGGCUUCCGAUAGUAACCGUGUGAAAGAGCUGUCAGUGAGCUGUCUUGGGUCCAUUGCAAAUGGUGCCAAGGAACUAUUGCUGCCAUAUUUCCCGUCAGUGAUGGAAUGUCUAAAAAUACAUCUAGUACAGACAGCGGAAGAAGGUAGACCUGUCCAGAUCCAGUGUCUUGAUACACUUGGAAUACUGGCUCGCACACUUGGUAAAGACACAUUCCAACCUCUGGCUGAGGACUGCUGUCUCUUGGGUCUUGGCCUUUGUGACAGAAUUGAUGAUCCUGACUUGAGACAAUGCGCUUACAGCCUGUUUGCUGCUCUCUCGGAAGUUAUGAAAGAUUCCAUCUCUGCACAUCUGGAAAAGAUGACAACACUGAUGCUCCUGUCCCUGAAGUCAAAAGAAGGAGUAGUGCUACAUUACAAUGAGAAUCGCACUUUCUUACUCUUUGAUGAUGAAGAGGAUGAGGAAGACGCUGAAAUUGAAGAUGAGGAGGAAGACGAGGAGGAUCCUGAUAUAGAAGGGUACACAAUAGUCAACUCUUACGUGGAUGAGAAGGAGUGUGCAUGCUUGGCUCUUGGGGACAUAGCAUACAAUGCUAGUGCUUCAUUUUUUCCUUACCUUGAUCCGUGCUUCCAAGAAGUGUUUAAACAUAUUGAGGAUCUACACGAGAAUGUCCGGAGAUCUGCCUACAGUGCUUUGGGGAAGUUUGUGCUUUCCAUGAAUAUUGUGUGCCAAAACAAUCCUAGUGAGACUAACACAGCAGCUCUGUUUUGUCUCUUGUCCCAUGUAAUGCCAUCAUAUCUGCAAGGGGCAAUGAAGGAUAAGGAGGCUGCUGUUGUGAUGGAAAUCCUAGAGGCCCUGAGUGAAGUGCUGAAAGAGAUGAAGGGCCAAUGUAUGUCAGAUGCAAAGCAACUGGAGGAAAUCUGUAUGGUCAUUAAAGCUGUUCUGCUGAGCAAGACAGCAUGUCAGGAUUGCGAGGCUGAAGAUGAAGAUGAUGAACAACAGGCGGAACUUGUGUGCAGGUUGAUAGAGAAUGCGGGGGAGGGAAUUCCCCUCCUGGCUACGGCAGUUGGUGGCGCUACAUUUGCUCCAUAUUUUGGUGAAUUUCUUCCAUUGCUGCUCAAUAAAACAAAAUCCAGUUGCACAUCUGCUGAAAAGUCAUUUGCAGGAGGAAUCCUGGCUGAGUCUGCUGAAGCCUUGGGGCCGGCAGUAGUGCAAUUUGUACCUCGCAUUUUCCCUGCACUGCUCUCAUUGGCGCGGGAUCAGCACGAGGAAGUCCGGAGAAAUGCUAUAUUUGGAUUAGGAGUGCUGGCAGAACAUGGUGGCCCAGUUAUGCAUCAACAUUACCCAAAGCUUCUUUCUCUUCUGUCCUCUGUAUUCUGCUCGGAGCAGAAAAGACAAGUUCUAGACAAUGUUUGUGGAGCUGUGAGCCGGAUGAUGUUAGCUCAUCCAGAUGGAGUCCCCAUUGAACAGGUAUUUCCAGUGAUGAUAAGUUCGCUGCCUCUGAGAGAUGAUUUGGAGGAGAAUUCUGCAGUGUUUAAGUGUGUUGCGUACAUAUAUGAGCGAGUCCCCCAGCAGGUUAUUGCACAGUUAAAAGACCUCACAAAAACAUUUGCUCAUGUUCUUGGGACAAAGGAAAUAAAACCAGAUACUGAAGAAACUAUCAUUCAUCUUCUGAGGAACAUGGUGCAGCUGUUCCCACAGGAUUUGCAUGCUGCUCUAGUGACUCUCCCUGAGGAGGCAUCAGCCAAACUGAAAGCAGUUAUUGGGUCAGCGUGAGAACCUGCUCUACUUAGUGGGCGCUGUAUGCUGUAUUUAUCUGCAAAUAUCAUGUAACACGCAGCUGCACUUAUUUUAUUUCUAACAUUGUGCCUUCCACAUCUGCUACACUCAGAAUCUGUGACACGCCAGUCAGUUAUCAUUCCUUGGUGCGUUUCUGGGCCACAGGAGAACUACAUAUGACUGGUACCAGUUGUGUUUUAAUUUGCUGAUACAGUUCACAUUGGGACUCUUCCUAUUUACCCAGAGGACUCUGCCUGGUCUGAUGCGGCACUCUGUUGUUUGUCCAAUAAGCAGGACUGUGUAGACAGGAAGGUUGAUGUCAUGAAUUUGUAAUUCCAGCAGCCUGAGCCUUGACAUCCAAACCAAAGCAAUAAAGAUGAAUUGGUACAUUCAGAAAUGCUAAA